CCAUCAAACUCAAAAAUCCUAUUACUCCAUUUCAGUCCCCACGAAAACGCAUAACAAAUCUCGCACUUUUUCCCCCCAUCCGCAGAAAUUUUUAUUAUUAUUAUUUUCCAAACAAUCAAUCUUUAGUCCUUAAUUACCAUCUCCAAAAUUUUCCUUUCCAUUUUCUCACAUAUUUUCUAUAGAAAAUCUCUCUCUCUCUCUCUCUCUCUCUACAGAGCAGCAUCUCUCUCAAACCCCCGAACCCAAACUUCCCAACACACAACCCCAGCAGCAUAGGGCUUCGUUCCCAUCCAAAAACUCUCUCUCUGAACCCAUUAUCGGAUCUGAUUCACAAACCGAAACCCACAUAGUCUUGCUUGCCCUUCUUUGUCCGAUCCCCAUCAAAAUUUUAACAUUUCCUUUUUUUUGGGGGUGUUUCUGAGACCGACCAUUCCGCCACCCCAAGCAGAUCGAAAACUGAAGUGGGUCAAGUUUGUAUUAAUCUCAGAAAACCAAAGCAAAAAGUGGGUCUGAUCCGAUCGAUGUAUUGAAUCUUAGGGGCAUUUUCAUUCUGAAAUGGGAAUGCCCAGUAAACGAUGAGCAAAACAGGGGACGAAGAGGACGAAGACGAGUGCUUCUACGAGUCCCUCGAUCGCAUUGUCUCGUCGUCUUGUUCCUGUUCCACUUCCAACUCUGACUCCGAGAACGACUACGACAACGACCCGAACCCGAACCCCAGCUCCGACUCCACUUCCCCCAAUUAUGCUUCCGACCACCCUUUCCCCAUACCCAAAUUUCCAAUGGGCGUGUCCAAGUACGAUAUUUGGAUCUCCGAGCCUUCCUCUGUAUCCGAACGCCGUUCCCGUCUCCUGCGCGAAAUGGGUCUCAGCGGUGACCCGUCACUGUCCCGGGCCAAACCCGAUGACAACGACGAUCACCAUGGACUCAAGGGCAGCGGAGACUUGGGAAGAUCGGUGUCUUCGGAUCACUUGACCCUUCAGGAACAGCGCAGCGUCGGCGUUUCCGGCAUCGUCCGAUCAAAAUCCGACGGCGGUGGUGAUCAGUGUAAUUGUUCUUCUUCUUCUCCUACUGUUUGUUCUCCAAUUCUUUCAAUUCAUUCGGUCUCGACGACAGAGACCGGUUCAUUUGUAAAUAAUCAUAACAGCCAGAACUGUAUUUAUAAAUCGCGGAGUGGUAAAAGCAAUGGAUCUCCUGUUACUGAUGCCUCUUCGCCCAAUAAACCACCCUCAGGGAAGAACAGCAAGAGGAUGGUGGAUGAGAUUCGGAGCAAUUCCAUUUCUUCGAAUUUGAAUCGUGAAUCUGGGAAUAGGGUUGGUGGUGGUGGGGAGGUUGAGGAAGAUUUUGAUUGCAAUGGGGGAAUUGACAAGGUCAAAGAUUCAUCCCAAGUGUGUACCAUUAGGAAUCUUGAUAAUGGGAAAGAGUUCGUAGUGAAUGAGAUUAUGGAAGAUGGUACUUGGAACAAGCUCAAGGAAGUGGGGACUGGAAGGCAGUUGACGUUGGAGGAGUUUCAGAUGUGCGUGGGACAUUCUCCGAUUGUUCAAGAAUUGAUGCGGCGGCAGAAUGUCGAAGAGGGUAAUAAGGAUUGCUUGGACUCCAAUGUCAAUGGAGGAAAUGGGGGCAAUUCGAAGUUGAAGAAGAGAGGGAGCUGGUUGAGAAGUAUAAAGAUUGUUGCAAGCACCGUGACUGGUUAUAAAGAUAGACGGAGCAGCGACGAGAGGGAUACCUCGUCGGAGAAAGGCGGCCGGAGGUCGAGCUCUGCCACGGACGAUAGUCAAGAUGUUUCAUUUCAUGGACCCGAGAAAGUGAAAGUCAGAUAUUAUGGGAAGUCAUCCAAGGAACUUACAGGUCUUUACAAGAGCCAAGAGAUUCAGGCCCAUAAUGGGUCUAUAUGGAGCAUUAAGUUCAGUCUGGAUGGGAAGUAUCUGGCAAGUGCAGGUGAGGACUGUGUCAUUCAUGUUUGGCAAGUUCUGGAGACUGAGAGGAAGGGGGACCUGUUGAUGGAGAAAACAGAAGAAAGUAAUUUGAAUUUGUUUUUUGUUGCUAAUGGGUCGCCAGAACCAACUUCGAUGUCACCGAGUGUUGACAACCAGCCAGAAAAGAAGAGAAGAGGAAGGUCAUCUAUUAGCCGUAAAUCAUUGAGCUUGGAUAAUAUUGUGGUGCCAGAGACCAUAUUUGCACUAUCCGAGAAGCCCGUUUGUUCAUUCCAAGGACAUCUUAAUGAUGUGCUUGACCUCUCAUGGUCCAGGUCCCAGCAUCUGCUCUCAUCUUCAAUGGACAAAACAGUCCGGCUGUGGCAUUUGUCUAGCAAGUCUUGUUUGAAGAUCUUUUCACACAGUGACUAUGUAACUUGCAUCCAGUUUAAUCCUGUUGAUGAUAGAUACUUCAUUAGUGGAUCACUUGAUGCUAAAGUUCGCAUAUGGAGCAUCCCUGAUCGUCAAGUGGUCGAUUGGAAUGAUCUGCAUGAGAUGGUCACUGCAGCUUGCUACACGCCAGAUGGUCAGGGUGCAUUGGUUGGUUCAUGCAAAGGAAGCUGCCGGUUAUACGAUACAUCUGAGAAUAAAUUGCAAGAAAAAAGUCAUAUUAAUCUGCAGAACAAGAAAAAGAAAUCUCAUCACAAAAAAAUAACUGGUUUCCAGUUGCUGAUCAGUUUCAGUGAACAGUUUGCACCAGGGAGUUCAUCGGAAGUACUUAUCACUUCUGCAGAUUCACGAAUCAGGGUUGUUGAUGGUGUUGAUCUGGUUCACAAGUUUAAAGGGUUUCGUAACACAAAUAGCCAAAUUUCGGCCCACCUCACUGCAAAUGGUAGAUACGUGGUUUCUGCUAGCGAGGACAAUCAUGUAUAUAUAUGGAAACAUGAAGCUGAUUCCCGACUUUCAGCCAAAAAAAAAGAAGCUGAUUCCCGACCCAGCAGGAGCAAAAGUGUAAGUGUCACUCAGUCCUAUGAGCACUUCCACUGUCAAGAUGUAACAGUGGCCGCCCCUUGGCCUGGGAUGGGUGAUCCAUGGGGUCUACAAGAUGAAGAACAAACCGAGCUUGGCAACAAUCUCGACGAGGUGUCCACAGCCAAUCACCCCCCUACACCUGUUGAGGAGGCCAUAGGUAAUGACGGUUCACAAUCAGCAUCCGGCUGUUCUAAUAGCCCUCUUCACGGAACCAUUUCUAGUGCAUCCAACAGUUACUUCUUCGAUCGAAUCUCGGCUACAUGGCCAGAGGAAAAACUUCUUUUAGCAACGAGAAAUCGAAGCCCCCGUGUUAGUAUUGAUUUUAGCAAUGGGGUAGGCCAAAAUAUGUCAGCCUGGGGUAUGGUGAUCGUAACUGCUGGUUUUCGAGGGGAAAUUAGAACUUUCCAAAAUUUUGGAUUGCCGAUUCGGAUUUAAGGGGGCUGAAAGAAAAUAGGACCCUUGAGCUUGGGGGAAAUGAUUUGGUUAAAUACUAGAAAGGUACCGCACAUCAUUUUCCCUGGUAGUUGGCAAAAUUGUGUACAGAGAGAGAUAUUGGGUGAGGUUUGUAAUAUUAGCGGAGUUCCAUUUCUUUCCUCGUGCUUGUGCCUGUCGGAUUUGAAGAUGAGAUGGGAGUCUUUCCGACUGUGCAUCAAGAAAGAAAAUAGAUUUGUUCCAAAAAAAAAAAAAAAAAAAAAAAAAAAAGAAAAGCAAAAAACUACACCAUGAAUUUAGAAACCGAUGGAUUUCUAUAAUCGGGAAUUGUAGAGUUUAUGAGCAUGCAAAAAAAGCUUAUUGAAUUAAAAGUGAAAAUUCUUUUACGA